AAUUUAGGAAGAACACUACCGAAUCCAGUGGCAUGCAAAGUGUGUGGAGAUCGUUCAUAUGGGAAGCAUUAUGGGGUUUACUGUUGCGAUGGCUGUUCUUGUUUCUUUAAAAGAUCAGUUCGUCGAGGAGUAAUUCAUACAUGUAUAGCUGGGACCGGAACUUGUGCAAUAGACAAAGCAAGACGAAAUUGGUGUCCUCAUUGUCGUCUGAAAAAGUGUUUUGCUGUUCAGAUGAAUACCGGAGCUGUUCAAGAAGAAAGAGGUCCACGCAAAAGAAACAGAACGUCUUCCUCUCGAGUCCGAUUUUCCGGAAAAACGAAAAGCUGCAAUCCAAACACAAAUUUCGAUUCUUUCGAGGGACAAGUAACAUCACUAAAUUUUGAACCAACGAAAAAUGUCAGCCAUCAAACGAAACCUGCCUACGAAAUGAGAAGUUCGAACUUCUUUCUACCUCCUCUACUAAACCACAGCACCGUACCAAGAUUUUUUCCCCCGGGAGAGGCAAUUCAAUACGAAGUCGCAGCCCAGAUUUUUCUAACAACAAUUAGAAGAUCUCGACAACACAGUAAUUUUUCUACUCUCAGCAUUGAGGAGCAAAAUUCAAUUCUUCGACAAGGAUGGGCUGCAAUUUUUAUUCUUCAUGCAGCCACUUUUCCGAUGCACUUUAUAGAAAUAUUAAUAAAAAAUUCUAUAGCUGGGAAAACACUCCUUACCGCUUUAACAACAGCUCGAAAUUUGAUUUUGAAAUUACAACUUGACGAAAUCGAAUUUUCGGUUUUGGAAACAUUUUCCCUCUGUCGUCCCGAAUUAUCGGUAUCAUCCCGAGGUUUAGAUUCAUUAUCAAGAGCAAGAAAUUCAGCAUCGGAAAUAUUAAUGCAACAUAUUCAAAAUCGAGGAGAUCAAGGACAUAGGCUUAUUCAAAUUAUGUUGGUUCUUCCAAUUCUUACGACAUGUUGUACUCGAGAAUUAGGAACUGCUCUUUUUUCACCUAUCAUCGGAGAUAUUGCCUUGGAUCAUGUAAUCGCUUCGAUUCACUGA